AUGUCUGAGGUACAGGCUCGAUCCCAACCCGCCUCUCGUGGCAGAGGCGGCGGUCGAGGAGGACGAGGUGGUUUCGCCGGCCGCAACGAAGUUCGCACUGGCACCCCCAGACGUACCAACGGCGACAAGUCGACAGAUUCCGCUGAUGACGAUGGCGACAUUGCCCAGCUUAGACAGCAGCACGGCGACAAGCUUGAACAGGUCAAGGGCGUAUUCCCCGACUGGUCGGACGCCGAUAUUCUCUAUGCUCUGCAGGAAAACGAUGGCGACGCAGAGAUCGUCGUCCAGAAGAUCCUUGAGGGUUCAAUUUCGCAAUGGGGUGAGGUUUCGAAGCCCAAGAAGGUGACCAAGCCCAAGACCAAGGAGUCGGCUCCCUCAUCUGGUUUGACCGAGUCAUCGAGAGCCGGUCGCGGUGGGCGCGUGGACGGCGGCCGAGGUGGUCGAGGUGGUCGCGGCGCUGACCGAGCACGCGGCGGCCGAGGCAGAGGUGCUUCCACUCAACCUACUACGAAUGGACACCAGGCCAAGGACAAGGAACAGCUCUCUGUUCCUACCGACGAAGCUUCCGCUUGGGGUGCUGCCGCUUCUUCUACCGAUGACACAAAGACGAACGAAUGGGGCACCUCUGCUUGGGGCUCUACUGAUGCUCCCAAAGAGACCACCACAACUGCCACACCUACCCAGUCCACCACCCCCGCCGCCGCCGCCACCGCUACUGCCCCCGUCUCCGCCCCUACUAGCGAGCCCGCUGCACCCAAGGCAAAGACCUGGGCCAGCAUGUUGCGACAGUCGACUCAGCCCAAGCCUGCCCCGAAGCCCCAGGAACCUGCUGCUCCCAAGCCUGCCGAGUCCAUCGAGCCUCUCCCUGCCGCCGAGCCUGAGUCUGCCGAACCUGAGCCCGCUGUUGAGGAAACUCCCGAAGCACCUGUCGAGGAGCCUACUGCACCCGCUGCUGUCGAAGAGGAGGCCCCCAAGGUUGUCGAGCCCGAAGUUGCUAUUCCUCCUUCCGAGGAUGAUCUGACCAAGAACAACCUUGAGCAGCUUCCCGACGAGUCCCACCCCCCUACCACGGCUACUGCUGCCAGCACCACAGCCGACUCCUGGGACCCUCGUCAAGCUCCUCAGAGCGCAACAGCAACACCUUUGUCUGCUGCGCAAGCUCAGCACCAUGGUCAAGCUGCCCGCCCUAACGCCAGCGGCUUUGCCGCAACUGCCUUGAAGGCGACUGAAAGACCCGUUCGCGUGCCUAGCUACCAGCGACGUGUGCUUGAACAAGAGGAGGCUGUCCGUCUGCCCGGUAACCGCGAGGUUGAUCGUGCCGCUGUGCAGUUUGGCGCUUUCAACCUGAGUGGCGCCGAGGACGACAUUGAUGGUGAUCGUGAGGAGGCCGAGACUAGAGCUCAACCUCCAUUAGACUCUCCCAUCCAACCCCGAGCUUCUCUUCCCCCGCCCGUUGCUCAGCCUACUCAGCCGGCAUCCAUUCCUGACGCCUUCCCUCCCGCCGCUGCACAGAAGCCGGCUACUGCUCUGCCUCAACCUGCUGCCGCCGCUGCUGCGACCCCUGUAGCCCCUCCUACCGGCCCCGCUGCUGGUUCAGCUGCGCACCAGUCUUACAAUCAGCAAUAUGGCCGAUUUGCUCAGGCCAAUACUCAAGAUCAGUCCUCCUUCCCACCCAAGCCGUACGACAGCUUCAGCCAGCAACCCGCUACUACUUCUGCCGCUGGUUUCGACAGCUUCCCCGCAUCCACCACUCAAGCCCCGACUCAACAGGGCGGUAAUGCUUUCAGCUCCGCUCCCAACGACUACUCUUCAUACUAUACCGCCGACCAGCACAGCCGCGGAAACUACGGCAGCUACUACGGUCAGGGCUACGGUCAGCAACAGGGCGGUCAGGGUCACAACGAGGGUCCCAACUCUCAGCGAUCCUUUGGCUCAUACAACGCUUCGCAAACCAACGACAGCCUUAGCCAGUACCCCCAGAGUGCUUCUCAGCAGUCACGAUAUGGUGCCAACGCCGCUGCUGAUGCUCAUAACAGUGGUCACAACACCCCUAACCCCACUGCUCCUGGCCAGCAGCAGCCAUCUGCUCAGAACAACGGCCCUCAAUCUAACUUGCACCAGCAGCAACAGCAAGGUCCUGCGGGACACUUCCCCUACCAACACCCAUACAACAACAGCCCCUUCUACUCUCAAUACAUGAACUACUACGGCGCCUACGGUCAGGGUGGAUACGGUGGCGGUCCCUACGGCGGCAAGGCUGGUGGUUAUGGCCAGCCUCACCAGUACAACCAGUCUCCUUAUGAGCACAGCUCCUCCCCUGCCACCAGUGGAUUCGCCCAGUCCUCCCUGGCAGGUCGUGACAGUGGCAUAGCCUCCAGCAUUGACAACUAUGGCCGUGCUGGUUCCGCUCAAUCUGGCGCUCAAGGUCUUGGCAACAGUGGUUUCGGUGGCGCCCACGACGCUUUCAACCGCGCUGCAUCUUCGUACCAAUCCCAGGGCGCCCCUGGCUUCAGCGGCCCGAACGCCCAGAGUGGCUCUGCCAACGACGACCUGAAGCCAUACGGCGAUAGCAAGGUAGCCGGUGGCCCAAGCCCUUCGCUCACUGGAGGUGCUCGCCCUGGCUCAGCUACAAACAACACACCUGGCCAGUCUGGUCUCCCGCCGCCUCAGUCCAGCGGACAAGGCAUGGGUGGUUACGGCGGUUACCCAAGCCAUCUUCAGGGCCACGGUCUUCACGGUAACCAGACCGGCGGCAGUGGUUUCGGCCAAGGCCAAGGCCACAACAACUAUGGUGGCUACGGCAACUAUGGUAACAACCAAGGCUUCGGCGGCAACUACGGCCGUGGUUGGGGCAGUAAUUACCAGUAG